AUGGACACCUCGACAGCAGAGUUUAACAUUGAUCUCACAUCUUUCGGUAUCCGAGAUUAUGUCCCAGAUACAGACGGCGGCAGUGGCCUGUUCGACGAGCGCAAUUCGCGAGAAAAGGCGCGACAACCGCAACAACAACGAUCACAAUCGAGUACAUCGACUCAUGGAAUUACUCAUGGGUACUAUGGCCACCCGCCGGUCGAGGAAAUGAGCGCUGAAUUUCCACCGACGUCCAUGCCCACGCUCGGCGCGCCAGCGCUGUCGAUUGAACAGCUCAACGCACUUUUAAACAUGAGCUUGGGUCAAUCGAAUAUGGCACACGGCGAGAACGGUGGACUUCCAAACGCAGACACGCUCAAGGAGCAACUCGCUCAGCAGAUGCGCCUCCAACAGCUUCAACAGCUUCAGAAUCAUAUUCUACAGCAACAAAUUCAGCUGCUCACUGCAGGCGCACGAGGAUUCUCGCAAAAAGAUGCUCAACAGCUACUAACACCAGCUUCCACCAACAUUCGCUCAGCUAGCCAGAGCACACAAGUCUCGCCCAAUAUUCUCCCACCAGGCAUGUUCCAUCCAGGAGGAUCAGACUAUCACGGUCAACGCUCGACGCAUUUUGAUCCACACAAUACAAUGUCGGCGCCGGCCUCGCUUGCUUUUGACAUGAAUGCACGUGGCAUCCCCCAAUCACCCGCCAGCGACUUUUUGACCCCACUCACGUCUCCUGUAUUCCCUCCUACGUCUCCUCAACGCAAACGGACGGCGGAGUCGUUUGAAGGUGACCACCACGAUGGGACGUCGACGGGUGGACCCAGAAAGCGAUUAGCCCACGCCAAUUCGUUUGGAAAUAUGGGUCUGAAUCUUGGAAUGACGAGCGUCUCCCCUGCGCUUUUGAGCAGCGCUUCGAAACAUCGUCAUACGAACUCGGCCAUUGACACCCCUUCCCCAAUCGACCUCAGCAUGCCACCCCCAGUCGCUCCAGGCUACCUAGGAGGGAUGCCCGCCGAGACGAGUUAUCCGCGUUCCCAUCUAUCCAUGUCGACCAUGAACACCGAUACAGAAAUGACAAUGCCACUGACUAUUCAAGGAUCCAGACGGCCAUCGCUCUCUGGACCUUCGUCAAAGGGCACAACGACAAACGUCAGCCCAGACCUCCUUCCCGCAACGCCCUCCCUCUUGAUGAACAUGGGCAACCUCUCGCUUCCACCGGGUCUCAUCCCACCCAUGAUCAACGACGGUACCAAUCGCGGUUCGGGUCCUCCGUCUGCGCAGCCGAGCGUUCCAAGUAGUCCAGCGCGCAAAUCCAAGACGCUCACGCGAUCGAGGGCCGCGUCGGCUGCAGCAUCCACCAACGAACCAUCGUCGUCUACCCAAACCUCGACGACCACCGCAAUGUCGAGUAAACCCCGCCGCGCAGCAGCGGCAGCCGCAUCGUCACGAACAGCUGCAGCUGUUUCCGCCAACUCUUCAAGUCUACGAAAUAGCGGUAACUCUGCAUUUGGUGGCCCAAAGCUCAAAUCGACGCACAAAGAUGCGGAACAAAAGCGUCGGGAUUCGCUCAAGACGUCGUUUGAUGAAUUGCGUGCGUUGCUCCCUCCGAUCCCACUCUCUGCGUCUGGAUUUGGCGCAGACGAUUCCGACGAGGCUCCUUUACCGGGUGCGAUGCCGCCCCGUGGACCUCCUCGUGGAGAUGGCUCUGGUCCGAAUAAAGGCGUGAGCAAACUUGUUCUCCUUAGAUGUGGAAACGAGUUUAUUCGCGAUCUUGUUGGACGGGUAGAGAGGAGGGAUGUCGAGAUUGAACGGUUACGCGCAGAGUGUCGACGCCUGAGAGGUGUUGUUGGUGUUAUGGGCAGCGGUGCGCCCUAUGCCGAGUUUGGUGGCGAGGAGAUUGUGGAUUUGGACAAGGAUCUCGAAAAGGAGGAUGAGUGGUAUCGUGAGGAGCGUCGGCGUGCGAAGAAAAAGCGGGCGGAUGCGAUUGAAGAGGAGAGUUAG